AUGAUUGUAUUGUGUGGGAAGAAGCGGGUUUAUUUCGAUGUGAGCCUGGAAAAAGCUUUGACCGCGGUUGUAAUGUUUGCACUUGUGAACAAGACGGAAAAACUGCUUCUUGUACAGAGUAUGCCUGUUCAGCUGAAGGGAACAACUGAAAUAAGUUAUUGCAAGCCCGGUAGUUUAAGUCAACAAAAAUGCAAUACUUGUAUAUGCGCUAUAGACGGAGCAUCAUAUUCGUGCACAAAUAAAGAAUGUUUCGAGUGGGAAGAGGGGCAUAAGCCGACUGAAAAGAAGAUAUGCGAGCCAGGAGAGUCAUGGUAUAUUGACUACUGCAACCACUGUCUAUGUUCUCAUGAUGGUACAUAUAAGAAAUGUACAAAUAACCCAUGUACAACGGCUCCCGCCAAAAUAUGUAAUCCAGGAGAAUCAUGGUACAUCGAUGACUGCAAUCAUUGUCUUUGUUCUGAAGAUGGAACGCAUAAAAAGUGUACUAAUAAAGUAUGUACAACAACGACGACCGAAAAAAAAAUAUGUAAUCCUGGAGAGGCAUGGAAAAUAGAUGAGUGCAAUCAUUGCCUUUGUUCACUGGACGGCACCCACAAAAAGUGUACAAACAAUCCUUGCACCACCACUCCAGUCAAAAUUUGUUAUCCUGGAGAAUCAUGGUAUAUCGACGAUUGCAACCAUUGUCUUUGUUCUCAAGAUGGAACCCAUAAAAAGUGUACUAACAACGUAUGCACAACAACCUCUAUUCCAAAAAUCUGUGAACCUGGAUCAUCUUGGUAUAUUGAUAGCUGCAACCACUGCCUAUGCUCUAAAGAUGGAACGCAUAAAAAAUGUACAAAUGAUGUGUGCACAACAACUACUACCGAAAAGAUAUGUACACCUGGAGCAUCUUGGUAUAUUGACGAAUGCAAUCACUGCUUGUGCUCUGAUGAUGGUCUUCAUAAAAAAUGCACUCAUGAUGUGUGUACAACAACUACCACUGAAAAAAUAUGUACGCCUGGAUCAUCCUGGUCUGCACUCCUGGAGCUUCUUGGUAUAUUGAUGAGUGUAACCACUGCUUAUGCUCUGAUGACGGGACCCGUAAAAAAUGUACUCAUGACGUAUGUACAACAACUACCACUGAAAAAAUUUGUACGCCUGGAUCAUCCUGGUAUAUAG